ACCACGCGUUUUAUUUGAGAUUGAGAAGUUUGGUUGAGGUCUCAAAAGUCAAAAGCCCAGUUUUCAUUUCACCGCCAAUGGUAAGAACGAGGGUUUCGAUUUUGAAACCAUCAAGUUUUCCGGUUUUCUCGCAGAAUCGGUUUCUGGGGGAACUAAGGAAGCUUCAAUCAUGUCGUCGUAUUCGUCUUCUUACUCGGCCUCGUCUUCGUACUUGUCUUCGAACGAACUAUCUGAUAAUGAGGAACGUGAAACCAGGAACUGGCUGGACCUUCCUCGGGACGUGACGGUGACGAUUCUCCUGAAACUCGGCGCUGUAGACAUCCUCACGAGGGCUCGGUGUGUAUGCACUUCGUGGCGGAGCAUCUGCAAGGACCCUACCAUGUGGCGCGCCAUUGACAUGCAAAAUCCGGGGGAUCUCCAUGAUAUGCCUUACGAUUUGGGGAUUAUGUGCCGCCACGCUGUUGACCGAAGUUGUGGUCAAUUGGUCGAUAUUAAUAUCGAAUACUUCGGUACUGAUGAUCUGCUCAAGUACAUCACUGAUAGUACAAGCCACCUACGUUGUCUUAGGCUUGCUUGCUGCGAUGAUAUAUCAGAUGAGGGAUUGUGCGAAGUUGCUGGGAAACUUCCACUGUUGGAGGAACUUGACAUUUCAAUUGGCAACAUAUCUAAGCGUUCUCUUGAAGUUAUUGGCCGAAACUGCCCUCGUAUAAAAUCCUUGAAAUUCAAUAUGGAAGGUUUCAGACGUCCUCACAUUGAAUCUGAUGAUGAGGCCUUUGCUGUUGCUAAAACCAUGCCUGAGCUGCGCCAUCUCCAGCUUUUUGGUAACAAGCUGACUAAUGUUGGUCUGCAUGCCAUUCUUGAUGGUUGUCCUCACCUUGAAUCCCUUGACCUGCGACAGUGUUUCAAUAUUAAUUUGGAAGGAACUUUGGGAAAAAGAUGUGCUGAACAGAUCAAAGAUUUACGGCGUCCGAAUGAUCCUACUAAUGACUACCCUUUUGAUGCCACAGUUCGUGAUGUUGGAUCAUUGGAUGAAGACUAUCCCUUGGGGAUCUCAGACACAGAUUUCUUGUCAGAUGAUGAUUAUGAGUUUGACUAUUAUGCAUUCUCAGACGGCAGUGAUUUCUCUGACAAUGUCGGCUAUUAUUUUGAUCCUGAUACCUAUUAGCAAAACAUGAAGCAACUUGAAGAAAAUAGGUGCUUCGAAAAUUCUACUUUUCAUCCUUUUGUGGCUCUCUCUUGAAGAUUGUGACGAAAGGAGAAGUUUCUCAGUACGUUAAAUUCAAGUCAUCUGGAUCUAGUAGGGGUUGAUGCCUUUUUUAAUGAAUAUUGUAUACGGAGACAGCCUAACUGAUCGAAUAUAUGUAGUCUCUCACUGGAGAAGAUAGGUGAUAAUUAUUUGGAACGUCUAUGAGAUACCUGCAUGGUUUGUAAGCUUCCCUUAUGUUCUUUGCCACCUGAUUUAAGGUUUUUUCGGUUGUAGUCCCUGAUUUAAGUUUUUAAUUAGUAUAUCGCAUAUCAAAAUUGAUCCAUUGAAACAUU